GAGAUGUAAACUUGCAUUUGCAAGAAAAAAGUCAGAAUUGUGAGAUAAAACGUCGCAAUUACCUAUUUAAUUUUUUUAUUCAGUAGGCUAACAUUCAGUGUGAACCUGCCCUAAUACAUGAUAUCUUAGAUGAAAUCAGCAAGCAAGCUGAUAAAUAUUUGCAACACUGAGGAAAAAAUGGAUUGUGUUCAUGGGAUCAGGAAAAGCUCUCUGGUAUGAUUUGAUUUACAUUUAAAACUGUUUGACUUAUGUAUGGAUGUAUGUGUGUCCAAACGUCUGUUAUACUAAGUUCUGUUUUUACUUCUGUUUCCUUGAAAAUAUAAAGUUGGGGAAAAAAACAUGUUUAGAACAUAUUUUUUAGCUGGGAAUACAGUGUCACUCUCAAACACGAGUCAAACGCGCUUUACUAGAGUAUGAAAACUGAAGUUAGAAUGCAAAUUGCUUGAACGCGCAUGAAAGCGGCAGGUGACGUCACACACGAAAAUGUCACAAAGCGGCUUUGAUCUUUACGCGCGCCGUGAGUUUGACAGGCGGUUGCUAGGGCGGUUGCUAGAGACUCAGAUGCGGAUCUCUGACACUGAUCAGAAAUGAAGCUGUUGAGAAGACCCCUGCCCCCUAUAAAGACAGCACACUACAGCACACCGCCUGCGCCCAGAACCACAGACCAGGAACGCGCGAGUCCGUUUGCAGUCCACAAACUUAUCUUGAGGAUUGUGUAACGUGUCGUGUUGGCACAUUACCCAGAAUCCUCAGAGGUUUCCCUCAUCAGCCUCAGCGCACGCCCACGGGUCGCCGACUCCUGACCUCUUCUGCCUCAAUGACUUCCUGCAGGUCGGCCGGUCGGGCCGCGGGUCACUGGACGAGCUGAGGAAGAUGGUGCUGUCCAGCCGUAACUACAAAAAGCUGCUGCAUUUGUUCCUGUCGGAGCUGCACAGAGGCCGGCAGUGUGAAAUAGCCAAUCAGACGCUGAGCUGCGAGGGUCUGCCGCCGGUCGCACGCAGGAUCCCUCAGAGACAGAUCAUAUGCGAGUUAGCAGCCGUGGUUCAGAUAGAAGCACAAGCACGAAACUCUUUCAGGAGUAAUUCUGGAGUGUGUCGACCGUCUGAAGAUCAAUCAGUGGAUCAGCUGUGGACGUCAGCAGAGCGACGGACUGAACGCACAGCACAUGAAGUUCUUCUGAACGCGGUGACCAGCAAACACUUCCAGGGCUCCCGUCGCUCUCGCUCGCCGUUCCGCUGCGGAGGAGAGUGUGACGUCAUCAGCGCGUCUGAGCUGAACGUCCUCGACUGCCUCACACGAGGAGGAACGAGCCUCAGCUUCAAGGCUCAUUUCAUCCGUGAUCUUCCUGACGUGACGUCACUGUCUGAGCGUCUCCAGUAUCUGAACCUGUCCUUCAAUGACCUCACACACGUUCCUCAGGAGGUGUGUGAUCUUCAUCAGCUGCAGGUGCUGAAGAUGAGGAAUAACCCCAUAGAGGAGCUUCCCGCUCAAAUCAACAAACUCCACAAGCUCCAGACGCUGGUCGUCUCCUUCUGCAAGAUCACACAGCUGCCCAACCAGCUGUACUCUCUGCCCUGUCUGCAGCAUCUGGACGUGUCCUAUAAUCUCCUCAGAUCCCUCAGCAGUGACGUCAGACACCUCAGGUCUCUGAGGUCUCUGAACGUUGAAGGGAAUCAGUUAGCGGCUCUUCCCGCCGGUCUGCUGCGUGUGUCCGUGUCGGAGCUCCGGCUGUCUGGGAAUUACACACACGCAUUACUGUGGAGCGAGAACAGCUGUAACUCUCCUCAGACGCUGCUGCACACGGCCGCACACACACUCGCACACACACUCACCUGCACACACCUGCCGCCCGCCGCACAACUCGUCCUGCGCAGAGCUGGUGUGUGUGACGCUUGUUCGGGACCCAUGUUCGGCCCGGGUCUCAAGCUCAUCCGUCCCGUUCACGGUGCGUUUGGCCUUCAGUUCGUCCCCGUCAUGUUCCUGUGCUGUUCUCCUGCGUGUCUCCACAGCUUCAGGAAUCACAUCAACGAACAACCAGCGAGUGUGUGAUCGGACAAGAAUGAAUUUCUUCUUCUGUUGAUGCUGAUGGAGCUGCUGCAGCUUCACACUUCUCUAAAACACUUUCAAAAACAUGUUUCGCUAACACUUUCUAUGAAGACCAUGCUUAUAAUGAUUUAUAGCCACAUUUAUACUUAUUUAUAAGUAUUACUAUUCUAUAAAGACUCAUUAAGACCUAUACUGCAUUAUAAGAGCAGUUAUAGAUACAUUUAUAUUAUAAGCCAUGCGUUUGCUUUUUCAGUGUGCAUGAUCAUAAUUCAUUAUACACUGAUUUAUAAAUGAUCACAAAAUAGUUCCAGAGACACUUGUUUGCUGUUUCAGCUAGUCAUUAUGUCUUUAAUGAUUAAAGUUUGCAUUAGAGGUCAUGAAUGGUCAUUUUGAUUUGUUAAACUCAAUAUCUCCUCAGCCAUUUGCAUGGUAUUGUUUAUAGCAGUUUGGAAUUAUACUUUAAAAAUAUUGUUGCAGUGUUUUGCUAGUAUGUAACAUUAAAAAAAUAUACUUUUUUCAACUGUUUGUAUAAACGAUUUCCGUUUUUUUUAUUUCAUUACAGAAAUUGUUGUUCAUUAGUUACAUUUACAAGUAAGCUUAAAAUGUACACUGAGCACAUAUUUGUGAUUUCUUAACAUUUGAUUUAGGAAAUCCUGUGUUUUCACUUUACUCAAUGUAUUUAUAGAGAUUAGUAACUAUUAUUACUCACAAUAAGUAUUUAUAAGAACACAAAAUGGCUAUUAAUAACAAUAUAUUCACUAAUUUGACAAAUAAAUCUCAAUAAAAGUCAUUUUAACUAUAAUGUAACAUUAUAGCAAUGCAAGCUGCAUCUUUAUAAAUACAUUCAUGGAACCAUAUGACGGACUAAUUAAUACUUAUAAAUCAGUGUAUAAUGAAUUAUGAACAUGCAUUGAAAAGGAAAAUGCAUGACUUAUAAGUAAUUAUAAAAAUAAUAUAAAUGUAUCUUUAACUGUUCUUAUAAUGCAAUAUAGGUCUUAAUAAUUCUUUAUAAAUAUGUUUAUAAAAUAGUAAUGAAUAAGUAUAAAUGGAGCUAUAAUUCAUUAUAAGCAUGCUCUUCAUAGAAAGUGUUACCAUACUUUCAUUUUGAUUGUUUUGAACUUCUUGAGGCCAAAUACUGUAUACUUUAAUAUUCGUCAAUGUAUUAAUCUAGUGUUUAUAGAAUACAUUAUUGCACAGCAACUUUACAGUGACUGACUCAUAUGACACUCCCUCUGACUGGAGAAAAAUAUCCUUUAAUUAUAUGCUUUCUGUUUACUGUAAGCUAGAUUCAAAAUGUUUUAUGUAAGAAGUAAAAUACAGUAAAAAAUAUCUAGUUUGAAUAAUCAA